AUGUGCGCAGAUCUACUGAGAAACUCGGCGAUCAGAGUUUCGGAAGGAACACUCGAACACAUUUGUUGGCACAUUGGAGGACCUGGGAAAAUCAACAAGUUCCUCUCCGAACUCAUUCCAGGUCGAACAACAACAGAUUUCGAAGACACUGAUGAGAUGUCAAAGCUUUUUCAAGAACCUCUGCGAGAACUGCAGGAAUGGAGCGUCGGGACUUUUGACGAAAACCCGGUGGUAUUGCUGAGCCUAGCUCUGGAGAGAGCCGGAUGCAAUCCAGUAGACAGAACUUUCUUUUGCGUACCUGAUGAGCCCAUAUCUUCUGAUGAGCUACAUCACUUUGUCCAGAAGCUGGCAAGAAGACACUGCGGUAUAUUUGAAAACGUUGUGUAUCUAACACGUGGUGAGAUCGAAAACAUCAUUGAUGAAGACAAUAACGAUUCGUUUGAUGCAGAAGCAAUGAUAAGUUACUGGAUAGCGAAAGAAAUAAGCAAUAAAGAAAACAGCAGUCAUAUUGAGAGGAGAUGUAAACUUAAUCACGCAGCCAUCAGUAUUGGACGACAUGAUUUAAAAGGUUAUUUGGUAGGAUAUGACAAUCAUUUCAUAUCGUCAGAUACUGGGCAACAAGAACAAACUGAACACAGUAAAGAGGCGAAAUCAAGCAGAGAAGAUGAUAAUCCCGAAAACAACGUGAGUGAUGCCGAGUUAAGAAGAAUUGUCCAGUAUCUUGGCCAAGCGGAACUUUCAGAGAUGUUCGGUGAGGAUGCAGAAGGAGACAGCUUCAAUGCGAACAAAGCUUGGAUCGAGAAGGGAAGUACAGCAGGUCAACACAUUAGCUGCCGUCAAAGUCUCCGUGGAAAGCUGAGACCAUUCGGAAUGGAAGGAUAUGAGUUAUCACAUGGUGAUUUGUGUGCGGUUGCCAUUGGAGAAGGUGCCGGAAAAGACCAGUGCGCCAUUAUGAGUGAGAAUCUCGGAAUAAUCACUGAAGUAACAGACACCAUGUACAUGCUCAAGAUUUGGAGGUCUUUGGUGAAAGCUCCGUCGUAUAACCCUAGAACAGCCCUGGCUGAUGCCGUCUUUCCGGUUCUCGGUAAAGAAAAGGCGCUUGACAUUAUAUCAGGUAAAAUUCGUCGAAGUGGAAAUCAGGCUGGAAACGUGAUCGCCUUCAUUCGAGAUACUAUAACAUAUUUCCAGGCUUCUAACAUUGCCACCAUUCUUGGUGUACACCAAAUGAGUCUCGAGAGGGGCAAUUUCACUAUCAAGCAAGUCCUUGAUAUCUGGAAAGAAUCUCAGAAAAUCCAAUCGAUGGAAGAUGAUCAAGGAGGGAAUCUAUGUAAAGCUCUAUCCGAUGGAGGAUUUAAGAGUUUUUCGUCCAAGCUACUUCACGGUAAUGGUAGGCCUAUUAAUUGA